AUGGUUCUGACAUCGGACAGGAGCGACAUUCCUCCCGUGUCCUCGUGGAAGCCUCCAUGGGAAGCGAGACGAGAGACGAGAGGGUCGCUGGCCGAUGGAGGAUAUGAUCCCGCAGCGAUGGACAGCUACUUUGAGCUGCGUCCGGAACGGGCGUUGGGUCGCGUGGCACAGAUCCUCGUGGAGGUUUGCGGCGUCCUACUUGCCCUGGGGAUGGACUAUCUCGUCAGCGGCAACGACACCGACACCGGCAUUCGGGUGCCCACGGGGGAGGCGGAGGCAGGCGGUAACACGCCCACGCGCAUCCGGGAAUCGGUGACCCGCCUCGGACCCAACUUCGUCAAGAUCGGGCAGGCGCUGGCUUCGAGACCAGACUUGGUGGGGGAGGCUAUCGCCGGAGAGCUGUUGCUCCUGCAGGACGCGAUGCCGUUGUUUUCCAAUGAAGUGGCAAGGAGGUUUAUCCACGAGGAGCUAGGGGGCUACCCGGAGGACAUCUUCGAAGCCAUGGGAGACACCCCUGUGGCGGCUGCGAGCCUGGGUCAGGUUUACAAAGCCCAGAUAGACGGCAGACCCGUCGCCGUUAAGGUUCAGCGGCCGGACCUGCUGGAGGCGGUUGGACUCGACUUUUACGUGGCACGCAGGGUUGCGGAGGCCAUCACGCGGCUGUCGAGGAGCUCCAGCUUUUUCGGGGGCCGGCUGGUCGUCCGCAGCGACCUAGUGGCCGCGGUGGACGAGUACGGGUCGAGGCUGUUCGAGGAGCUGGACUACAGGAAGGAGGCGCAAAACAUGGUGCAAUUUCGUGAGCUAUACCAUGCUAUGCCCGGCAUACUUGUUCCGAAGGUGCUGCUAGACUACAGCGCGAAGCGAGUCAUAACGUCCGAAUGGAUCGACGGAGAAAAGCUGGUGGACAACCAGGCGCAGGUCAGCCCGGCGGACCUCCCUAUCCUCCGGGUGGGCAUCGAGUGCACCCUGACGCAGCUUCUCGACAAGGGCUUCCUGCACGCGCAAGACUUAGAGGUAAAGGACAAGGAAAGGACAUAUGGGCGUGUGUCGACGACCUCGCUGCGUGGUCGCCCUCCCCAAGAACGAGAACUGCCACAAGAAUAA